AUGACGGACCGCAAGAUCUUCGAUCUCUUUUAUGGGGCAAGGGAGAACGACCAUGAUAUGUGCCGCCGUGCGUACGAGACCGGCGCUGACAUCAACUUUGCCUUCGACGGGCGCCGAGCAACGAAGGGCGGGGCCGGACGAUGGUACUAUGGCGAUCUGCAGUGGUACGCCCCAGACGGCGUAGACGGUGACAAGAAAGACACGCUCCUGAUAAUAGCCGUGAAGACCAACAACGUAAAGCUCGUUGAGUGGAUGCUAACUCUCGAUGGAUUGGACACAGCAAAGGAAAACGGCAAAGGCUUGAACGCCAUGGCUGUUGCCAAGGCCAUCGGGAGGGAGAAUCUACUCCUCGGAAUGGCAGCUUGUGAUGAUGGACUACCAGGUGGGGUAGAUGCGAGCGCAAAGAGCGCAGCGAGUGCAGCGGAUCCCAACGCCCCCCCUCUCCCCCCGGAUAAGGCUGCUGCUGAUGAGGCAACAAUGGAAGUUGCCCGACUUCGAACCGCCAUGAAGAUGCUGAAGGCCAACAACGACGAGAAGGAAGCCAAAAUUACAAAGGCCCAGCAGGACUGCCAAGCGUAUCAACAGAUGCUCAAGGAGAAGGACGCCAACAUCGGGGAGCUGCAGAAACAGGUACUGGAACGAGAGAAAGAGGUCAUCGUAAUGCUGCACAAGAUCGGGCGUUUGGAGGAGGCCUUGAGGGAAUACACCGACUUCCGUCAGGCAGACGCCGAGCAGUACACCGAUUGGGGUCGAGCAGAUCACUACGAUGCUGAGAACGGGGGUGCUGGAGCAGCGGCUUCUGCAGCGCCUGAAAACGGGUCGUGA